AUGCCUCGUGCUGUAGCAGGCAAGAGACUUUCUCAGACCCAGAAGACGUACAUAUUGACGUGACGCCAGGCACGCUCGUCAAGUGCGAUCCCUCCAUCAAGGCCAUCAUCAUCAAGAUCGACGCGAAACAUGGACACGACAUUGUCAUCGAGGACAUAGACGAAGAGUACAUACUUGUCAAGAACAACAGGAUCGAUGACUUGAAGGGCCUGCUGAAGGAUGUAUGUUGGGCCUCUCGAUUUCGUGCACUUCUGUACAUUCUAACUAAUUGGAUUGCAGCAACUCAAAGACACGGUCAAGGAGCCCGAAGAGGACGAAUCCGAGUCCGACUCAUAA